AAGUAAGUUAAAAACAAAACUAAUUUAGCAAUUUGAGUUUAAAAUUGAGCGAAAGGAUCAUAAAAACACUAUUUAAGGCGUUUCGCAUAUACGGCACCUAUGGGCAGUGGGAUUGUGGUUCAAUUGGCACGAAAGUACGGCGCAGUGAUAUUCUUUCCCACUGUUGCAGUCGGAUCGAUUUACGCAGAUUGGUCGCACACACGCGAGUGGAAACGCCAGCAGCUCCAGUUGGCACACCAAGCCCAGCUAAAGGAUCAGCGCUAG